AGACACUCUGUAUUACAAUAUGAACGAAAGUCGCCAGUGUAAACGGAGUCAAUUGAAGCCAACUUCACCCCGAUCUCCCAUUGGUUAAAAAAGCCACAUAUUUAAGAUGACGUUUUCAUUUUCCAUAGGAAAAUUCAACGAAAAUAGGCAAAUAAAAGCAGUUAGAACUUAAAAUACAUCUCUAAAUUGAAUAAAAAGUCGAAAACGUGUUAAAUUUAAGACUGCUCUAUUGAAGUUUAAGCCUUUUAAAAGUGCAAAAUGUCGGAUUUAGGCGACUGGUAUCGGGGUAUUCCACGAUUCACAAAGGCUUGGUUUACAGGAACAGUAGCUUUUACAUUAUUAGGUCGAUUUGGACUACUCAAUCCAGUAAACUUAAUUUUAAUAUACGAAGCUGUUAAGAAAGCACAGAUAUGGAGACUAGUUACUAGUGUGUUAUAUUAUCCAUUAACACCCUCAACUGGGUUUCACUACCUCAUAAAUUUGUAUUUUUUGUAUAAUUAUUCCAGGAGGUUAGAAGAAGGUCAGUACCAAGGCAAGCCAGCUGACUAUGCUUAUUUGUUAUUAUUCAACUGGAUAUGCUGUGUUAUUGUGGGCCUAGUCGCAGAUAUGCCUCUGCUUAUGGAUCCCACAGUUCUCUCAGUUCUCUAUAUUUGGUGUCAACUCAACCGAGACGUCAUAGUAACGUUUUGGUUUGGAACCAGAUUCAAAGCUGUAUUCCUCCCUUGGGUUCUUCUUGGAUUUAAUCUAGUCAUGUCUGGAGGUGGUAUGAUGGAACUAGUGGGCAUUUUAGUGGGGCAUUUAUAUUUUUUCCUUGCCUACAAAUACCCUCAAGAAUUAGGAGGGCCCUCGUUACUCUCUACUCCUGGAUUCUUGAAAAGUUGGUUUCCUGAUGAGAUUGGAGGUGUUCACGGUUUUGGUCAGGCUCCAGAAAGAGCACCGGGGGUUCCUAGGGGUCCGGGAAUGUUUAGGGGGCACAACUGGGGUCAGGGACACGUACUGGGAGGGAAUUAACAAGACUUUAAGUUGUUCAAACAAUAAAAUGGUUCUUUCUAAGUCUAUCUUUGUUUAUGUACAUUUAUAUUAUGUAGAUAUUAAUUUAAUUGAAUAAAUUAUCUCUUUUUUUGU